GUGCUCGGAUGAGAAGAGUGAUGUCAUUUAACACGUCUCUGAUGUAUAACACAUCUCACCUGCCUCCGCUGACGGAGUGGAUCGCACCAACCUUUACUCCUGCGGCACAGGGGCGUGUGGUGGCCACCAUGGUCCUCUUCCUCUUCGCCGCCGUCAGUAACCUGGCGCUGCUCGUGAGCGUGUGGCGUGGGCGUGGCCGACAGCUGGCAUCUCACCUACGACCUCUGAUUAUGAGCCUGGCGUCAGCUGACCUCAUGAUGACCUUCAUCGUCAUGCCGUUGGAUAUGGUGUGGAACGUGAUGGUGCAGUGGUAUGCUGGUGAUGUGCUUUGUAAGCUGCUGUGCUUCCUGAAGCUGUUUGCAAUGCAAACCUCUGCUUUCAUCCUGGUGGUCAUCAGUUUGGACCGACAUCACGCCAUACUGCAUCCGCUGGACUCCCUCAUCGCACAUCACAGGAACAGAAAAAUGUUAGUCAUUGCCUGGAGCCUCAGCGCACUGAUCGCAUCACCACAG